UCUCCACCCGGCCCAUUCUUCCUCAGUCACAAACAUAUACACUCCCUAAACCUCUCUCCCAUCUUUUGUUCCGCUCAACAAAACCCUAAUUAGAGAUGGCAAAGUCGAAGAAUCACACCGCUCACAACCAAUCUUACAAAGCUCACAAGAAUGGCAUCAAAAAGCCAAAGAGGCAUCGCCACACUUCAACCAAAGGGAUGGAUCCUAAGUUUUUGAGGAAUCAGAGGUAUGCAAGGAAGCACAACAAGAAAAAUGGUGAAAUUUCCGCUGAAGAAUAGAGUAAAGUAUUUGAUCUAUAAUGGGCUUUUUUGUAUUUUCAGAUCUAUCUGUGGUACUAUGUUGUUUUUUAAAAUUUACAGAUAUUGCAUUUUUGUUGAAGACAGUUGAAAUUUUGUUGUUGAAUAUUUAGUUACUUAUGUUUUAAUUAACUUGUGUUAAUUUAAUUGCGGAUGCGAACUUUUUGUUA